AUGCCACCCGAGGACAGAACGGAAGUUGAACAAAUUUUUAGAAAAGACGAUAAACAUCAUGCGGAUAUAUCAUCAAGCAACGACCAUCUUGAUAUACAUUCCGCAUCCGCUUUCUUAAAAUCAUCCUUUGAAUUUCGUACUCAUUUGGUAGAUUUAGAUGCCACACCUAAAAGAACUUUGCCUCAAAAAAUUCAAAAUGUUCCUCUUAUCUAUCCUUCUAUUACUUAUCUGAUUUAUUUUGGUCGAGUAAUAGAACAUUUGUUCCUCACGAUAUUAUUUGAUUGGACUACUAUUAUCGCACAUCCCAUUAAUUUCGUGUUGAUGUUCGUGUUAUUUCCCUUGGCUACUGUGAUUUUAUUCUUUCUUGAAUGUAUCUUACGAUUCGUGUCUUUUGUAUCUCAACCUUCGAUUAAUGAACCCUUGCUUAAAAAUUGGUCUAAAUUGAUACCAUCGAUCCGGGAAAAUAUUCAACGGGGAAUAGAAGUUCUCGAUGCUUCUCCUCUGUAUCAAUGUAAAUAUAAAAAAAAUUUCGACCUAGACCAAGCACAGACAUUGUUAUUUCUCUUGAAUAUGUUGUCCGAAAGAGACGAGGCAAAGGUUAAAGAGGCUUUCGCUAUGUUACGCGAUAUGCAAGGUGUUUUAAAAAAAGAACCUGAUGAUAUAAACAAUGAAAAUGUAAAAAAUAUUUUCAAAGUUCUAAUAGAAAGUGAAGCGAAUAUAUGUAAACAAUUAAAGGAAUUUGAUAUUGAAUUUACUUCACUUUCCGAAUUGAAUUCUAUCGGAGGUCCAUACGCUGGGAUGUUUUGGUCUGAAAAAAGAAAUUUCAUCGUAGUCGCUUUCAAAGGAACAAAUCCCACGAAUUUUAGUGACUGGUUGAUAAACUUUACCUUUCAACGAACAGAUGCAAGAUCUUAUUUGUUUGGAGAGAUCCAUGAAGGAUUUUACAAUUCCCUUUUCCCUAUUGAUGAAUACGAUUCAGCAAGACUUGAUAGAAGAUGCCCGGCAACAAGAAUUAUUGAAGCCGUUCAUAAAAGAGCCAAAAUAAUUCGAGAACGAAACGCAAAGGACAAUGAUAUGCCAAUUGAAGAUACUUCAAAAGUUUCGGUUUGGAUUACCGGCCAUUCUUUAGGAGGUGCCUUGGCAACUAUCUUUUAUUCAAGGUUAUUAAAAUCUCCUCAAAGCUUAAAUGAACAUUGUUUAAUAAGGGAUGGCAUAACUUUCGCUAGCCCAUCAAUCGGAGAUAGUGAUUUCGCAGCAGAAUUUUCAUCAUUAUCUAAUCGAUCACCUAGCGAAUAUAAAACAAUGUGGAGAAUUGUUUGCGAUAAUGAUAUAGUACCACGCGUUCCUCCCGGACAUCAUUAUCCAAGGUUACGGAGAUUUACCAGUAAAGUUCAUAUCUUGAAUUAUUUUCAUAUUGGAGAUGAAGCAAGAUUUUAUCAAGACGGUAGUAAACCUAUGUCCAUGCGUAACCUUUUCGAUGAUGAUAAGGAUUUCUAUUUUAUUGAAAAGGGUUUAGAUUAUAAUUGGAAAAGUUUGUUUGGUUUUUAUGACCCUUUCGACCAUAAGCCUAGAAAAAAAUCGGAUGUGAAUCCUAGAUAUGACAUUCCUUUAUAUAAUUAUGAAAAAUGGUUUCCUAGUUUCAUCCUCAAUCAUAUGUCUCAUCGUUACCUCGUUGCUUUAGAAAAGUCGAGACCAUUUUUCAAGAGUUUGGAUGAUAUAUCUUUUGUUGUCUAA